UCGCCGAGUCGGUGUCGACCGACGGCCUCGUCGCUCGCCUGCGCGAGACGGACCGCGCCGCCAUGCAGAAGGUCAAGGGCUCGAGCCAGUCGCAGAGCGUCUCGCAAACGCAAAAACCUGAACAUUCUCGCCACUCAUCUCGUCGAGCAACCUACCUCUUUCACCCGGCACACCAACGAGUCGUCGUCGCCGUCGUCCCGCACCCAGCCGGACCACACCUCGUCAUCGACCGUCGCAUGGCCACCUCUUCCAGGCGCCGCCCUUCCUUCUCGACAAAGGCGCCGCCACCAUAUCCACAAUCAGCAUGCCGCCGGCACCAGGUCGAUCAUAUACACGACACCCGCUCCUACGCCGGCGCGCUCAACAUCAAGCCGCGAACCUCACCUCGAGACGCGCACUUUCUCCUCUCCUCGCAUUCCCUUCUCUUUGUCACAUCCGUCGUCGAGGACGUUGCCGACGCACCCUGUCACCCACCUGUGUCUAAGCUAGAUCCCUCCCUCAUUGUUGUCAUCAUCUCGAGCUCCCCCUCUUCCUCUCCUCUCGCCAGCCCCUGUCUCUCAGUUCGUCUUUCGGGGGCGUUUCUCUCUGUCGCAGCGUAACGAGCAGAACAUGUUGCUCUUCU